GCUAUUUUUUAUCAUUUCCGCUACCCUAUUCUUUCACCUUUAACAUUGGUCAUAUUGUUCCCAGAGUCUUCCCUCUUCUUCUCCCAUUCAUCCACAUCCAUCAAUCUAGCCAAAUGGUAGUGUACUAGAGAGAGAAAGGGGAGAAGGUGGGGAAUUAAUAUGGGGGCAGAGAAGGAGAAGAAGGUGCUGGAGAUCUGUGAAUAUGAGGAGAAGAGCGAGAGAAGCGUGGGGAGCUUCCAGUCUCCAAGCCUGAAGAAGCGAGCACCAACCCUGGACCUCAACGAGGAUGUGGUGGCCGAGGGGAGUGAGGAGGGGGAGGUGGAGGGAGGUGAUGAGGAGGAGGAUGAUGGGGGGAGCACCACGGAGGUUGCGGGAGGAGGGAGCUCCAGCAACAACAGCAGUACUAACAAUUGCAGCAACAAGGAUAAGGAGAAUAGUGGUGCAGCUGAAGGGAGCGGCGAGCGAGUGCCCACCGUGAGGCAGUAUAUCCGCUCCAAAAUGCCAAGGCUUCGGUGGACACCCGAUCUCCACCUAUCCUUCAUCCAUGCCGUGGAGCGGCUUGGCGGCCAAGAGAGAGCAACUCCAAAGUUGGUUCUUCAGAUGAUGAAUGUGAAGGGACUCAGUAUUGCCCAUGUAAAGAGCCACUUGCAGAUGUACCGAAGCAAGAAGCUAGAUGAUUCUGGGCAAGAAAAGUCAGUCAUGUCUUCAGGAAUGUCACCGAUGGACAUGCAUCUGAGAAGAGGAGGUCGCCUUCAUGAGAUGAUCUACCAAAGAACGGGUGCACAUCAGUCCUUUAGAAUGGAGAGUGGAGGCUUCUUUCCAUCCAGGGGCAUCCACGACGAUGACCGGCGCCUUUACAACCUUCUUCAUCGCCUGCAGCCCCAACAGCCGUUUGAUCUCAAGAGCUGCAACUUUGGGUAUCAAGAAUGGGCUUUUAACCAGCAAGUGGCAGCGACAGCUAGCUCCAUGAAGAAUCACAGUCCAGCGAAGGGUUUGAUACAUGAUAUGAUCUAUAGGAAGCAUGGGAAGCCGUCCACAUCUCACCUCUUUGACGUAAGGGACACCAUUACCGGACAUGGGAACUCGAGACCCUCACACCAAUACCUUGAGGAAAGAACGUGGCAACCUGGGGAAAUGGUGGGGAACCAAAGACUGGAAUGCCAUGGGCUUGGGAGCUUUGAUUUGAUCGGUAGCAGCUCGUGUCCUCUUUCCAAGGCUGUACGAACGAACCCAAUCUCCACUGAUUCUACUUUGGGAUGGAAAGCGAGCAGCAAUUACUACUAUAACAGCAACAACAACAACAACAACAAGAUCCAGUUUAACUCCCAUGAUCCAGUUGUCUUCAAUGGCAGCCUCGAGCCUCGAUUCGAAAACCCAUUCCAACUUGCGUUACAGAAGAAGCAUAUGAUGAGCAAGCCCAUGACCAAAUUUGAAGAGAUGUUCGCGAAGGGAGAGACCCAUAACACAGAGGUGAAGAGGAUGAGAAUGACGGUGGAGAGCGAUUGGACUCCCAACUUGCAGUUGAGCUUGAGCCCAAAUUUGGCAAAUGAUAAGGGUACUAGAAACAAGGGCAUCGAAGCUGAAGAGAAAGUCGAUAGCAUGCUCUCACUUUCACUUUCUUCCCCUAUUUCCAUGCAACGAGAAGGAACCACCAAGCCUGAAAUCCAGUUCCUCCAAAAAAUUAGCAGCAACAAGGCCGCUCAGGGGCUGAGUACUUUAGAUCUGACCAUGUCGAUUAAGACAUUGGAGUGAGAUCUUUCAAGUACUUGUCUCAAGGCCUUUUAGUAUGCAUAGUUAUGCUGCCCAUGAAUAAGGUUUAGCCAAUGAUCCCUUUUGUCUUGAAUUUUGGUAAUGGUAGCUGUGGAUUCUUCUACGUGUCUGAGUGCUAUGAUAUCUGAAAUUGAUUUGCUGUCAUCUGGAUCAUUGGGGAAACCAUUUAAGAUAUUUAUAAAAAUAGUGAGUUAG